ACUCCGCUCAAACCCUCCUCCAGAAGCUUCGACGGCCUCGCAAACCCUACCAAAACCCUACCCCUCUCCGCCUCCAUCUAUAAAACGGAGACGAGUGCGCCUCGCUUCGUCGUCUCCCCUCAUUUCCUUGUGGGUCUCUCUGUCUUUCUUCUACCAUCUCUAAAGCACUCGGGGGUCGCUCGCGAAGGUCACAGCGGGGGAAGAGAAGAUGCUUGGCGCUUCGAGGCGAUCGGUCGCUUCCGCAGUGCGAUCUGCCGGCGCUCGCUGCCGCGUGGUGGUGCCCUUCGUCUCCGCCUCCGCUCCUUCGGCAACUGAGACUGAUUACAAACUCCCAGACUCACCAUACAGAUAUUUUUCUACAUUUUCUGCACCAAAAAACAAUGGAUCCAAAUUUGGGAUGCAUUUGAACUCGAGACACAGUAUGCUUGCCUGCAGCCGUCUUGAAUCAACUGUAGCUGCAACUGAUUCAUCCGAGCCGCCGAGUGAGAAGUAUGAGUACCAGGCUGAGGUUAGUCGGCUAAUGGACCUUAUAGUGCACAGCCUAUAUAGCAACAAGGAGGUCUUUUUGCGGGAACUUGUUAGCAAUGCAAGUGAUGCACUUGAUAAGCUGCGCUUCCUAAGUGUCACGAAGCCUGAGCUUUUGAAGGAUGCUGUUGACCUCGACAUUCGUAUUCAGACCGACAAAGACAAUGGGAUUAUCACAAUUACUGAUACUGGAAUUGGUAUGACUAGACAAGAACUUGUUGACUGCCUUGGAACCAUUGCACAGAGUGGAACAGCCAAAUUUUUGAAGGCAUUGAAGGAUAGCAAGGAUGCUGGUGUCGACAGCAAUUUAAUCGGUCAGUUUGGUGUAGGUUUUUAUUCUGCAUUCCUUGUAUCUGACAAGGUAGUUGUUUCAACAAAAAGUCCAACAUCUGACAAGCAAUAUGUGUGGGAGGGAGAGGCUAAUGCUAACUCUUACACUAUUCGGGAGGAAACAGACCCGGAAAAGCUCGUUCCAAGAGGAACUCGCCUAACAUUGUACCUCAAGCGAGAUGACAAAGGUUUUGCUCAUCCGGAGAGGAUCCAGAAUCUUGUGAAGAACUAUUCACAGUUUGUCUCAUUCCCAAUCUACACAUGGCAAGAGAAGGGUUUUACUAAAGAGGUGGAGGUAGAUGAGGAUCCAAGUGAAGCUAAAAAGGAGGGUGAUGAGGAUCCUACUGUGGAAAAGAAGAAGAAAACUAAGAAAGUUGUGGAGAGAUACUGGGAUUGGGAGCUCACCAAUGAAACACAGCCUAUAUGGCUGCGCAAUCCAAAGGAUGUGACUACUGAGGAGUAUAAUGAAUUUUUCAGGAAGACAUUUAACGAAUACCUGGAUCCUUUGGCUUCUUCACAUUUCACAACCGAGGGCGAGGUGGAAUUCAGGUCCAUUCUUUUUGUUCCGGCUGUCAAAAAGGAUGAAAUUAUUGACAUAAAGACUAAGAAUAUAAGGUUGUAUGUCAAGCGUGUCUUCAUAUCUGAUGACUUUGACGGGGAAUUGUUCCCAAGAUAUUUGAGCUUUGUAAAGGGUGUUGUGGACUCAAAUGACCUUCCACUAAAUGUGUCACGAGAGAUCCUUCAAGAAAGCCGAAUUGUUCGUAUAAUGAGAAAAAGGUUAGUUCGCAAAGCCUUUGACAUGAUAUUGGGCAUCUCUCUCAGUGAAAACAAAGAUGAUUAUGACAAGUUCUGGGAGAAUUUUGGCAAAAACUUAAAGUUGGGCUGUAUCGAAGAUCAUGGGAAUCAUAAGCGCAUUGCUCCACUUCUGAGGUUCUUUUCUUCUCAUGGUGAUGAUGAACUUAUUGGCUUGGAUGAGUAUGUUGAAAAUAUGAAGCCAGAACAAAAGGAUAUCUAUUACAUAGCUGCAGACAGCUUGACAAGUGCAAGGAAUGCACCUUUCCUAGAACGACUUCAUGAGAAGGAUUUUGAGGUGCUAUUUUUAGUUGAUCCCAUGGAUGAGAUUGCUAUCCAGCAUCUCAAGUCUUAUAAGGAGAAGAAUUUUGUUGACAUCAGCAAGGAGGACCUUGAUCUAGGUGAUAAAAAUGAGGAAAAGGAGAAGGAAAUUAAACAGGAAUAUGGCCACAUGUGUGACUGGAUCAAGAAGAGGUUGGGAGACAAGGUUGCUAGUGUCCAGAUAUCCAGUCGUCUUAGUACUUCACCAUGUGUCCUUGUAUCGGGAAGGUUUGGCUGGUCUGCCAACAUGGAGAGGUUGAUGAAGGCACAAACACUUGGAGGUGCAUCUAGUUUGGAAUUUAUGAGAGGGAGGAGAGUUUUCGAAAUUAAUCCAGAGCAUCCCAUCAUCAAGGAUUUGAACGUUGCAUGCAGGAGUCACCCUGAUGAUCCCGAGGCUCAGAAGGCUGUCGAUCUUUUGUAUAACACAGCUCUAAUUUCCAGUGGUUUCACACCGGAGAAUCCUUCAGAAUUAAGUGGCAAGAUAUAUGAAAUGAUGGGCAGUGCACUUGUUGGCAAAUGGACAGCCAUUCCUGCCCAUCCUGCGAGCCCUCAGGCCACAGAACCUAUUGAAGCUGAAGUUGUUCAACCACUCGAAGCUGGAGGACAGAAAUAAGCUUCGCCUGCUCUGUUUCCUUCCUUAGCUACUCUCCUGAGUCUCCAGUUGUGGAAAUCAUCGUUAGCUAGCUAGUAGGGUACCCCCGCCCUCCCUUUUUUUAUCAUGUUAUGUUGUAACGUGAUUGUCGUCUGUAGCGUUACCAUAUCAACUGCUUGAACGUCGACCCACUUUGACGUUGGUGUUCUUUAGGGCGCUGCACGUCAUCAUAUGAAAAGAUCAAUGUAAAACUGGAAUGAAUUAUGUCUCCAGCACUGUCAUAACAGACUAAACGUUUGCUAUUAUUUUA